AUGGUUAGAUUUCAUGUUAGAUAUUAUCGAGACUUGCUUGGUGUGGUUUUUGCUACACAUGAGAUAAACCAAAAUAAUGCACUUCUUCGCAACAUCACUUUGGGGUUUAGGAUCUAUGAUUCUUGCUACUCAGACAGCAGGGCAGCUUGGGGUACUUUGGCCCUUUUAUCUGGGACAAAAGUUCCAGUCCCUGGAUACACCUGCAGAUCACACCCAGCUCUAAUAGGAAUCAUUGGUGAGCUCAUGUCGUCAAUAUCAGUUUCUGUGGCUAGAAUUCUGGGUAUCUACCACUUCCCACAGAUCAGUCAUGGUGCAAUGCAUUCAUCCUUGAGUGACAAGCGGCUUUUUCCUUCUUUUCUGCGCACUGUGACUAAUUACUUUUUCCCACACAGCAGAAUUGCUCAGUUGAUAAAGCAUUUUGGAUGGACCUGGGUAGUAAUAUUAACUACAGAUAAUGAACUUGGUGAGUUUGGAGGCCAGUAUUUAAAAACAGAAAUUUUAAAACUGGACAUGUGUAUUGAUUUUAUAGAAAAAGUUCAUGUUCAGCAUUCAAAAGAAAGGCUUUUGAAAAUUAUUCAGUUAGUCAAGAAAUCCACAGUAAAUGUUAUAAUUGUAAACAGUGAUGAAAUUCAUUCUCAGCCAUUCGUAGAAGCCCUUUAUUCACAUGGUAUUACAAGUAAAGUUCUAGUGUUCACAUGUGUGUUUAUCAUCACUCCAGGACUUUAUUCAAAGGAAACAAGAAUCAUAAUGAACAACACACUAGGACUGGCUCCCUUCUCAGGUACCAUGCCUGGAUUUAAAGAUUUUCUGCAAGGCCUGAGUCCUUCAGCAGCUGUUGAUGAUAUUUUUAUCAAACCAUUCUGGGAAAAGGUGUUUUCUUGUAAAUGGCAACAUAAUUUAAGUUUUUAUUCAAUACUCCCCAAUGAAAUUAGCAAUGAAAAUAUGUUCUGCACAGGCAUGGAAAAGAUAGAGGAAACAGUCAUGGACUAUUUUGAAUUAAAUGACCUCAGUUUUACGUAUCAUGCUUAUCUUGCAGUUUAUGCAUUUGCAUCUGCAUUAAACAGCAUCAUUUCAUGUAGCUCUGGUAAUGAAUCAUUUACCUCUGGAUAUUUUUCUGGAACUGAUUACAUUCAUCCAAGGAAGACUGGAGAGGAAAUAUAUUUUGAUGAAAAUGGAGAUGCAGUGAUUCCAUAUGAAAUUGUGAAUAUACAGAUAUUACCAGAUGAUACAUUCCGCCUAGUAAAAGUAGGCAAAAUGGAACCUAGAGCUUCUCCUGGUAAAGCCAUCAGCAUCAAUGUGACUGCUAUUUUGUGGAAUGAAAAAUACACAGAGGUUCCAAGGUCAGUCUGCAGUGAAAGCUGCCUUUCAGGCUACAGGAAGAUCCUCAGGAAGGGUGAGCCCAUUUGCUGCUUUGACUGUAGUCUAUGCUCUUCUGGAGAAAUAACAAAUGUUACAGAUUCUUUAGACUGCUUGAAAUGCCCAGAAGAUCAAUGGCCUAAUGAAAACCGUGAUGCCUGUAUCCCUAAAGUGAUUGAGUUUCUAUCCUAUGAAGAGCCCUUGGGUACAACUCUAGCUGUCAUUGCUCUGUUCAUGACUCUGCUGAAUGCUUCAGUCCUGGGGAUUUUUAUUAAACACAGAGACACGCCGAUAGUCAAGGCCAACAACAGAGAGCUUAGCUACUUUCUUCUUUUGGGACUAAUGCUGUGCUUUUUAUGUUCUUUGAUAUUUAUCGGUAAUCCAACUGCAACAACAUGCCUACUUCGGCAAAUUAUAUUUGGCAUAAUAUUUUCCAUUAGUGUUUCUUUAGUUUUGGCUAAAACCAUUAUUGUGGUCAUUGCUUUCAAAGCAGCAAGACCGGAGAGUAAAUUGCAAAGACUCUUGGGACCAACUGUACCUAAGUUAGUAGUCUGUUUCUGUUCCCUUGGGCAAUUUAUUAUAUGUGUUGCUUGGAUGUUGAGCAACCCUCCUUUUGUAGAAUAUAAUGCAAAAUAUGCCAGCAUGAAACUAAUAAUUGAGUGUAAUGAACACAGUGUAACAUUUUUCUAUUGCAUGCUGGGAUAUCUUGGCGGUUUAGCUGUUGUGUGUCUUGCUGUUGCUUUCUUGGUAAGAAAUUUGCCAGCCACAUUUAAUGAAGCUAAAUUCAUUACCUUUAGCAUGUUAGUGUUUGUCACUGUGUGGCUGUCCUUUAUACCUGCAUACCUGAGCACACAAGGGAAACACAUGGUUGCAGUGGAGGUAUUUGCAAUCUUAGCCUCAAGUGCUGGAUUACUCAGCUGUAUAUUUUUACCUAAAUGUUACAUUAUUUUACUUCAGCCUCAGAAAAAUACAAGGAAGCAUUUAAUGAGCACUGUUCGGUAA